AGGUCUCGCUCCGCAGCUUGACAAACCGUGACCGCGGCGGGGCUACUACAACACCAUGCGACCUCGGUCGCCGGCGGAAGCGCAGUUUCUCUUCUGAAGACCUCCAAAAAGGCUCCGAUGGCUUGAAAGAAAGCGCCCCCGGGGAAAGGCCAUGGGCAACUCGCACUCGCAGGCCUCGGACGAGCGUCCGCGCGACUCCUCGGUGCUGUCCUCUUCGCGGGGCAGCAGCAGCGCCAACGGCGGCGUGCCCAACGCCAACGGCGGCCUGCGCGGCCACAAGCGGCUGGCCGGCAAGUUCGCCAGUCCCGGGAACCGGGUGCUGCCCCAGCCGGCGGUCGAGGGCGUGCGCCUGCUCAAGACCACGCAGAACGGCCACAUCCUGCACAGCGGAGGCACCAUCAGCGGUCGGCGCCUCAUCAGCCAGAACUCGGAUGUUCAGGACAACCCCGAUCUGCUGCGCAUACUGCAACAACGGCGCUCGCUAUCCGACGUCGAGCAGGCCGACGCUCCGGGACAGCUGCAGCCGGGACGACGGGCGCACAGCGACCCGGACAUUGCGCGCAGUGUCGUGGACGACGAAGACGACGAGGACGAAGAGGACGAAGGUAUUACGGGGCGCAGCUUGAUAGCUAUCAGCCCGAGCAAGGCCAAGAUCAAAUCCAGGAAGAAGGCCAAGGCGCCUGACCCGCCUCAGCAACUGUCCAGCAGCCUUCCGAAGGACUCGGACAGGCCCCCGAGUGGUCGAGCCUCGGAAGAACCCGGAAAAAACGUCUUCUCCAAGUUUAAAGGACGCCGGGUUGAGGGCAAGUCGCCGGCACCAACGCCUCCUCCACCUCCACCGCCCCCGGACUACAACUCGGAUGACAACGUCGUGUUCCGGCCCGGCAGUAGCUACGAGAAGAACCGGCGAAAUGUCGAAAAGUGGAGACUCUCGAAAACGGAGCCAGCGAAGACAGAGGGCUCUGGUCAGAAGAAGACCACGUCUUCGAAUGAUGGCCCUGGAACCAAGGUAGAGCCCUCCGUGCUCGCCAAGGACUUCAAGGAGGAGCUCCUGGCUGUAGCGAGGCGCAGAGCUUCCAACGGCUUUGCCCGUAGGGUGGCGGAGGAGAACGGGCGUGGAUCGAAAACGCCGCCAGCAUGUAAUGGUGACCUAAAAAGCCCGAAAUCCACGCCCAAAAAGCAGUAUUACUUUUCAAACUUCGACGCGCUCAAGCUCAAGGAUGGUUCCGUACCCAAUGGAAAUGUCAAAAAGACAAAAGCUGACAAGGGUACUCCGAAACGGGAGAACGUGUCCUUGAAUCCGCGUAGUCUGGCCGCAAUCGACGACCAUUCUCAGGGAGAAUCUAAAGUUAUCGAGUACAUCUUGAAUGAUUCUAGCCGCUUGCAAGACCACUGUUUCGACGUGAGUCAGGAUCCCGAGCAUUACAACCAUGGUAACCGAAAGGCAGAAAACAGACAGCGUAACAGCCAUAGUCCCGUUCCAGCUUGGCCAAAGCAUCAGUGGCCUCUGGAUAACCUCAGUGCUGGCGGAACGUCUUCGGCCAAGUCAUCUCUGUCCAGCAGCUCAGACCAGGACCUCAACGUUAACAUCCAGCUGAGGCCCACCCUCCCCAGGAAGCAGAUGGACAUACCACGCUUUUCACCUACUGACGCGUGGAGGUCAUUAUGGGCUACGGACAGCCCGCAGGCGCGAAGAAGCGAGAGGUUGCGUUCAGAAGCAAGUACCGACGAUGGUGACGUACUGGAAGACCAAAUCAGGCGGGUCAGCCGCGUCAUGGCUCCAAGGAGAGUGAUGGCCGACCGCUGCGGCGACUCAGGGAUCUCUCCCGACGCAGGUAGUCCGCUGUUCAUCCACGACGCCAUCGACGGCGCUCCUUUCGGUCCGGGACCCGGGAGGCGAUCGGAGGGAGUAGGGAGGGCGUCGCCACUUGACGGAGCCCGAGACGACCAUUGGGUGCCCAAAGAAGACCUUAUGGACGACUCCGACUCCGGCAGCGUGGGCCCCACCACAUCGGGACUGCAAGAGAAGCAACCGCAUGGUAUGCUUGGCCUUCAGGCCAAGUUCACCAUGCCGGCUCACAUGUUCCUCCCCUGGUCUACACCGUCGGCGACAUUGAGGACGGAGGAUUCUUCUGACCAGAGCAGCAGACCACGGGGACGGCUACGAAAGAAUCCACGCAUGAUUACUCCUACCAGCGAGAACUUCAACAGCCUGCGUAACCUGCGCAAGGCGUUAGGUCUGCGAGGGCGGGACUACAUAGGAGACCGGCAGAACGGUGGCAUCGACUCUAACUGGUCUCUGAGCCGAAGCGCCCCCAAUUCUCUCAACAUAGUUGGAGACAUUGACCUUCGCCGGUCUUCCGAAGAGUCCGCGACACCAGAAGCUGACGAGAAGCCGAAGGAGAGUCCUGUGUGGCGCGACAACUCCAAAAGCGAGUUGGCCCGCAGGACGUCUUCGUUCAGUUUUUCGCGGGAAGGUCACGUCAUGUACCUGCCGGAAUACGAGGUGCGUGCGGGCACUGGCUACAAACCGGCGACCAACAACAAAGGCAAUAGCAGCAACCGCCCGUCUAGGUUCGACAAUAAGAAAGUGAAAAAGUUUACGUACAUGAGUACUGUCAGGAAGGAGGAACGGAAAAGACUGGAGGAACAGCUGGCGCAGGAGGUCGCAGAGAAGGAGAGGCUCCGUGAGAAGGAGAUUCGCUGGAUGAAUCGCGUCGAGGAGGAAUUCCGCAAGCAGAGGGACAAAGAGAAACUGGACAUUCGGCACCAGCUGCGAAUCCUCAACCUAGAGUCAAAGAAGGCCGAAAGCCAGCAGAACGGCGACUUAGUCAACGGAGACGAAGCACUCUGGAAUGGUUCCGACCACCACAAGGACGUCUCGACCAACGUCGUAGGCAAGUGGGUGCGACGCCGUGACUCAGAUCACCAGGUGAAUGGGAACGGUGGAGCGGCAGACUCUCGGAAUUUCAGUCCCCCGCGACCGGAACCGGAGGGUGGCCGCUCGUCGGGAGACGAAUGCCGCAACUCACUGGAGAACUACAACCCGACCGCCGUGGUUCCCGAACCGGGCCGACAUUCGGCGCCGGCCAAGAAACGAAUUUACGACCAGAUAUCGCGCGUCAUGCGCGGAGGUGGUGUGGACAAUGGCGACAAGUGCAACGGUCACUCGGCCGACGACAGGCGGUCCCUCUCGCCGGCGUCGCAGGUUGGAGGUCGUCCUACGAGAAACCGCAGUUCGAGCCCCACCAGACGAAGGAGCUCUUCGUACGACGACCGCAAAGUAGACCACGCCAUAAGCGUGUUCAAGAAGGAGGCGCUUCAAAGGACCAACAGUGGCAGAACGUACGAGUCGCACUCCAACUACAUCUACAGCAUUGCCCAGAAGAAGGUGUCAGACGUGCCAAAGGAGGGUCGGUACAGACCUCUCGAAGAUUCAGACAGCAUGAGCGACGAGUUUCAGCGGUCGAGGGCCGACUCGAGGCAGAGGCUGCCUUCCGGUGUUGAUGUGGCGGUGAAGCGUGGUGGUGGUGCGAAACCACUGUUGACUGUUCAGCCUUUCGGUGCCAACAAGGGGUACCGGCCCGUGCCUUUUGGACUGAGGCAGCAGCAUGAGGCGCGGCCGAACAGAUAGGCGUAGCAGUUGCCGGCUGCCCUAGUGUGUAAAUGUUGAAUUGGUGCCCGUGCAUUGACUACUUCUGUCCUAGAUGGAACUUCUAACACUGACAUCUGAAUUCGUGCUACUGCAUUGCAAGAAGCGAGAUGCAACGCACAUCUAAUCACUAAACUAAAAACAAGAGGCAAUGAGAUUUUAAGCAGCAUUUCAUUCUUGUUCGUCACCGACUGUGCAUAGCGAGCAGGACAGUCGUGCACUAACCUCUCUAAUGGUGCUGUAACUUUUUCGAAUUGCAUGUACAUAUUUCCCAAGACUUGGCGACGCAUCUCAGGGUGCAAUUAUGAAAACGACACAAGUGCCUUACGAGGGGAGCCUGAAAGACGGCGUGCGCGAUAUUAAAAAUAUAAGAGAAAAAUGAAAUACGUUCACGUGAGCAUACUCAGAGACGGUAUUCUUUGUACACUUUGUUAAUAAAAUCUGUUCACGUCGUAAAAUG